AGCUGGCUACCGAGUGAAUUGUUUAGCUCAAUUACCACCGUCCAGCUGCCGCUGUCCUCGUUUGAGCGCACAGCGUCACCAGCAGGCGGCAUGUCGUCCUGGCAACAAUAUGCUUUACAGGCCGCGGCAGCAGCGGAAACGACAUCCUCGUCGGCCGCAAAUCAGCACUCGCCGCCUCACUCGCAUCCACAAAGCACGCAGCUUCCGUCCAUCUCCACGGCGCUGGCGCAAGGACCGAGUGCCAGCAUGCCGCUCUCCUGCCCCUCCUCCUUGCCUUCCGCGCUCAUUUCGGCGCCGAGUCCGCCCCGCUUUUACUCAAUAGCCAGCACGAGUGCCGCUCUAUUGCGUGCAGCCAAUGCCAAUGUGCAUGGCCAUGCCGGCGCCAUCCUGCCGUAUCCCGCCCACCUGACGCACGUGCCCAUAAACUGGUCAUCGUACCCGGCCAUUUCGGACUAUUCGCCGAUGCCGAUUCCUUCGACCGCCGCCGCCGCGCAUGAUCACGCACCGCACUUGGCGCCUGGGUUGCAACACUACCCGCGACUGGGCGCCGAGCUCUACACAGCCAGCGGUACGCAUCCGCAUCCGCAGCACCAGCUUUACGCCGCACAUGACAGCGUCUGCACGGACGCCCCGCACUUUGGACCUGGCGGCAGUUCGCGCUACACGUCAUCGAAUGGCCUGCACGACUUUUCCAUUUCACAAGCGCCAGGUGUCAGCGGUACGCUUGCCUCCAGCAGCUUGCUCUCCUCGACGCCGACCGGUAUGGUGACGAUGCGUGGGAGUUCACCGCUCGCGCCGCCAAAGGCGAAGCGCAAGCAGGUCAAGAACGCAUGCACUAACUGCCAAAAGGCGUGCAAGAAGUGCGAUGAAGGCCGCCCGUGCAGCCGCUGCGUCAAGUACCACCUUGAAGAUUCGUGUGAGAACUCGCUGCGCAAGGAGCGAAAACGCGGCAUCAAGCGUGGGCCUUACAAGCGCAGAGCGACGGCGAGGACCGCGCUUCUGAGCACGGAUGCGAAUGCGCCGUCUGCACACGCCAAUGAGAGCCACUCGGUCGCAUCGCUGCUCCCGCACUCGAACGUCUCGGCGCCCGUCGACGGGUCCGGGCUGUUCAUCUCCGCUCACGCCGCCCCCACCGGCCUGCCCGCGUCCAGUCCAUUAGGCGCGUCGUCUUCGCCUCUGCUGCUGCGUUCGUCUCUUCUCAGCACCAGUGUGCCGCCGCCGACGAGCAGUCCAUACAACAACGUCACAUCGCUGUUCCCUUCCGAUCAUGGCCCAGCUGCUCCUCAGCAUGCGCAGUACCUGCCUGCGCGGUCUGAUCCGCGCAAUCGCGGCGGUGCUGUUGCAGGGACCAUUCAAUCUGGGCAGUUUGGCCCAUCCGCGGGCGUGUACACGCAACCUGCCGCCCCCGAAGGGCCACCGCAGUCGCUGGCAAGCCACCAUCAUCGGUUGCACAGCGAUAGCAGCAGCAGCUUGGCCACGCUCAGCUCCGGCUCGACCGCCACUACCGGCAGCGCCAGCAGCAGCACCCUGCUCACGCCGCGCACGCCUCUUGGCAUCUCCUCGGGGGCUUUAGCGCUGCAUUACGUGUCCAGCACCGUCGUGCCUGGGAGCAACGCUGCCGUCAGCAACGGCAACGGGCACGGCGGCCUGGUCCAGCAUGCUGGGCCCAGCACGCCGAACAUGCUUCCGCAUCCGGCUGCAGCUGCGCUCAUCCCCCCACCGCAGGGGAUUGACUUGCAGACCGGCAUGCCAAAGCCGUUCCCGCUCAAGAUGCCACCGAGCAUCGGCACUGGGCGCAAUAAAACAGCAGGAAUCGUCGUGAAGGGCGAGUACGAUCAGCAGCAGCAGCGCGUCAUCGUCGACGGUGAACACCCUGCGUUCAUGCAGUGGCAGUACCCUUUGGGCGGCCAUUGAAAAUGUCCAAGCAUCACUCAUCCUUAUUCUCUCCUAUGGCCCACUCCUGUCGUCUCACUCCCACCCUUGGAACGUCGCAUUUUUUUCUACGCAGCGCCAGCGCCCUCGCAUUCCAUGCUAGGGCCAACAAAGUUCUCGACCUUUUUCCACAUCCAGCGACACCUACUUCUCCUCCUUGUUUUCUUUCCCCCCUUUGAGACAGCAACACGCAAAACGGAGAUGUUUCAG